AUGAAGGUGAUGAAGAGAGAACCAGGGCUACUGAGGAUGGAAGGAGUUAAGGGAGGUAGAAAGGGUUUGUUGACCAUUGAUGCUGAAAUCUUUGAAGUUGCACCUAACUUUCAUUUGGUGGAAGUGAAGAAAUCAAAUGGGGAUACAAUGGAGUUCAGAAGGGUGAAAAGGAACCACCCCAGCAGCAGGAAGAAGCACAGUAUCUUCCACCGCCACAGCAACAGCAACAGCCGCUGCAGCAAUGAUACAGUGACCAGAAUAGCUCAGCAACUCACUCUAGUCCUUUGGUGA